AUGUCCGCGCAACCUAUUCCUUUCGGUAAAUCUGCGCACGGCCUACGUGAUUCUCAGACCCUUUCUUCGUCGUCCAGUGUACAGCUACCUCGGACUCUGGCGCGUCCCGAGUUCAUCGAGGUUUCUCCAGUAGCCAUUGCUGCUGCUGCUCCAGAACUUGUCAAUGUUCCCUUAGAUUACAUUCGCCGAAGGCUCCGGUCGGAGGCACCACAGAUGAUGGCUGGUCUAUCUUCUCUCGCUCCUUCGCAUGUUCCGAGCAGUCUCCCAAAAUCGCACUUGCCCCCUUCGCUUUCUAUCCCGUUGCGGGCACCACCUUCACGUGCAACUCCUACUUAUCCUACCCAUGUUCUAGCCGUGUCUUCGUCCAAGUCUUCGCAUGAUACACAGGCUAUCAUGGUUCCUGUUCAUUCACUAGUCCUUGCUGCACAAUGUGCGCGUCUUCCAGAGCUUCGCACCCCUAAUACAGCUGUUUCACAUACCCUUCAUCUUCCUGUCAUUCCGAUGUCUGUUCCAUCACCAGCGGCCUUCACCAUCUUGCGCUCGUUCAUGUACGACCAUCGGUUAGACGGCGUGCUCAAGGCACUCUUCCCUGUUCCCCCAAGUUUCCUCGCGAACUUGUCGCACAGCGCUGUUAGAGCAACUAUGUCUUCAGGGCCGGCCCUUCACCAAUUGUCCCUCUACUUGUGUGAAGCGUCAGGUCACAACUUGCAGACGUUGACAACAUAUACUGCCCACGUAAAAGAUCUGUGGCAGGACAUGGUCGUUCUGGGCUUGUUCGAUUCCGAACUGUGGGAUACACUCGAUCUGGCUUGGGACAUUGUCCUUGGUGCAAUGAACUUAGCUGUCGUCAUGCGACAGUAA